UAUCAUCCGAUAAUAAUGGCAGUUGGAAAGGAUACUCUUUGGACCGACACCGUAGUUGCGGACAGUGCCAAAUCCCUCACGGACUCCCAUGUCGAACAUGAGCCUGCAAUCACUGCUGGCAGUCAUGUCAUCAGCGACGAAGUUGUAGGAUCUUUUGAAUGCCCUUUCACAAGAGACUUCGACACUCUCGUCCAGAACACGCUUGACCAAUGGCACAUUCAGGGUAUGUCGAUUGCGGUCGUGCAUGGCGACAAGACUUGGACCAAGGGUUACGGCCAUUCCAUUCUGCCCGACGAGCCCGUGCAGCCGACCACGCUCUUCUACACCGGGAGCACCACGAAGUCAUUCCUAGCCGCAGCGGUAUCGACCUUGGUUCACGACAACGACAAAUUCGGCGAGAUUCAAUGGGACACUCCCCUCAAUCAGCUUAUUCGAGAUGACUUUGUGCUGCAGGACCACUAUGCCACCUCUCACGUGACGAUUGAAGACGCCCUUUCCCACCGCACUGGGAUGCCGGGCCACACACUGACAUUCGGCGGCAGUACCCUGAAAGAGUCGGUCCGGAGUCUACGCCAUCUGUACAUGAACAAGCCCAUCAGGACGACGUGGCAAUACUGCAAUCUGAUGUACAUGGCUGUGUCUCACAUGGUUGAGGUGGUGACAGGAUCGUGGCUGGGCGACUUUAUGAAGAAGCGCAUCUGGGAGCCUCUGGGCAUGAAGCAGACCUUUUUCAAGCUAGCCGACGCCGAAGAGUACGUGCGCCAGCACCACCCAGAGUGCCAGAUCGCCGUGGGAUAUUCCUGGGACAAGACCAAUGAGGUGGCCAAAGCGGUACCCUGUUGGCGCGACAUGGUUGUUUCUGGCGCUGGAGCAAUCAUUUCUUCUGCCGAAGACUAUGCCAAGUACCUCCGAAUGAUGAUCGAACAGCCUCAGGAUGGCCCGCUGCCCAAUCAAUCGUACACAGACGUGACGAGUCCGCGGACAAUCAUGCCACCCUUUGACCCGCACUAUUCACAAACUCUCUUGUAUGCUCUGGGCUGGAUCAUCGGGGUGUAUAACGGCGAAACCGUCGUAUCCCACGGAGGCGGCCUCGAGGGGUUUUCCACUGGUAUGCUGUACCUCCCAGCGCGGAAAUUCGGAGUGGCAAUCCUGGCGAAUACGCAAAGUCGAGGCACCGAAGUGCCUGCGUGGCAUCUGAUUGAUAAUCUGCUAAAUGUCCCCCUGGAGAAACGAGUCGACAUGUUUGAGUGGAAUGAGAAUGCCGAAGCCGAGAAUAAGAAGCAGAUCGCCUCAGCCCCUGCUCGUCUCUACCCAUCGGUGCCUUCACCGGGAUUGUCGUUGACGUUGCCCCUGUCAGCAUACACUGGAACAUAUACCAAUGAUGCAUACAGACCCUUUGUCAUCUCUCUCACAGAUGAGCCAGAUGCCAAACUUCGUGCAGUCACCGAAGGACCUGUCCAAGUGGUCUUAAGUCUCGUACACGUUACUGGGGAGCAUUUUGUGGCAAACAUGUUCUUAUUCACCCAUGCUACGGAACCUUUGGCGGCAUUGAAGGCCCAGUUCAAGAUAGGCAUUCAGGGAAAAGUCAGCGAAUUUGGAGCCGAGCUGGACUUCUUAUCUGGUGGUGGAGCCAUGAUAUGGUUUAAGCGGAUAGAAGAGUAAUUGAGCACACGUAUAACAGCCAUGGGAGGUGCUCGCUGGAUUGCGCAUUUAAAGACUAGUUGCGUAGUUUUGCCAGGCACCCUACGUAUUCGCUCUCGAUCUUAAUAGAAUGUAGUAGCGCCAGGGGCAGAGAGUGGUGGGAAUGUCUUGACAUAUUCAGCUUCUCCUUUCGGAAUGUAUGAGAGAG